AUGGGUAAGAGCCUCCUGCUGCUGCUGGUGGUCCUGUCCUUGCUGCUGGGCUCCCUGCAAGCAAAAACAAAAAAGUGUGGAACACUGGCUGGAGCGCCCACGGCAACCGGGAGGUCUCCUCUGCCGGCCGCCUGCCGCCGCUCCAGCCGGGAUGCGCCGCCGCGUUCCCUCCGCCUCCUGCCCCGCGGCCGCCGCUCCCCUCGCCGUCGGCACACACACCGCGGCGAAGCGAAGCGAGGGAAGUCCUCAACCAAAGCCCGGCCGAGUGGAGGCUCUUCAUCUACAGUCCGACCACUGGGGAGUUCCUGGGCGCACCGCCAAGAGCUGCGGCUUGAUCUUGCUCUUCUCCCACAUGCUUCAGGCGGUGGGAACCGGUCCGCGCCCAGGCCGCACCUGGCUCAGAGGUGCGCGCUGUCUCCUGACCAGCGGGGAGGUUGGGCUGGAAAAACCUCACUAUGCUGGUUUGACUUUCCAGCUCUACAGUGUUUCCAGUGUGAACGAUUCAAUGCCAGCGGGGUCUGUGAGACUGGAGAAAGCUUCUGCCAGACUCAAGGCAGCGAGGAGUGCUUCCUGAAGAAGGUCUACGAAGGUGACACCGUUUCCUAUGGAUACCAGGGUUGUAGCAGCCUAUGUAUUCCCAUGAAGCUCUUUAAUCGCAUCACUACUGUGGAGUUUAAAUGCUGCCAUGACUCACCUCUCUGCAACAAAUUCUAAAGACAGCGCCCAGCUUUUGCCCUGAUCUGGUGGUUAAAGCUAACUGAGCAUCUCUUUCUGCUACCACAGUCUCUGAGACUCUGUGAUCUGAAUACAGGUCCCCUGUGAGAAGCA